AUGUCUUAUCUAACGACAAUGGUUUCACAACAAGAAAUGGAUUUUUUUACUAAGGAGGAAAGACUCACACCAGUGGCAAAUUUUAAAAUGUUUGACUGUACUUCGAAGUCGACAGGCUUCUCAAAAUGGGGCUCCGCUCUUAGCAAGCUCUUAAUUAUUCAUAAAGAUGAACCUAAAUUUACUGAAAUAAAACAAAAUUACGAAAAGGGCUAUUAUAAUUCAGCCAUUGAUGAUUAUUUUCGACCAUCACGGUCCGUUCUUAAGGAGGAACAGCAGGUGUUUAUGAAUGGAGAAAUGGCGGCUAUCGAUAAUCGUCGUAUAAAUGAAAAACAUCAUCAAGAUUUCGAAGAGGAAACAGGUGAAAAAGAUGCAACCCUGGCUUAG